AUGGACAGACGUUUCAAGGUCUUCAAAGAUAAUGCAAAACAUGUGUUCAAAGUGAACCACAUGGGAAAAUCAUUAAAAUUGAAGCUUAACCAGUUUGCUGAUAUGUCUGAUGAUGAGUUCAGUAAGACAUAUGGUUCCAACAUUACUUACUACAAAAACUUACAUGCCAAGGUUGGUGGUCGUGUUGGAAGCUGCUGGGCGUUUGCAGCUGUGGCUGCCGUGGAAUCUAUUCACCAAAUAAGAACAAAUGAGUUGGUAUCUCUGUCAGAGCAAGAAGUGGUGGAUUGUGAUUAUAAAGUCGGUGGUUGUCGUGGAGGAGAUUAUAUCUCUGCAUUUGAGUUCAUAAUGGAAAAUGGUGGAAUCACCGUUGAGAAUAACUAUCCAUAUUAUGCCGGAGAUGGAUAUUGUCGUAGACGAGGACCUAAUAACGAGAGAGUGACAAUUGAUGGAUAUGAGAAUGUACCUCGAAACAACGAGUACGCUUUGAUGAAAGCAGUUGCACACCAACCGGUAGCAGUGUCUAUAGCGUCAAGGGGAAGUGACUUUAAAUUUUAUGGAGAGGCAAGUGUAGUUAAUUUUGUUGUUAUAAUUUAAUUAUAAUUUGGUGCAACAUAAUUAAAAGAAGAAAUUGAUAAUUAUUUGCAGGGAAUGUUUACGGAAGAGAACUUUUGCGGAAUUAGAAUUGACCACACGGUAGUGGUAGUUGGGUACGGAAGUGAUGAAGAGGGAGAUUAUUGGAUAAUAAGAAACCAAUAUGGAACUCAAUGGGGAAUGAAUGGUUAUAUGAAGAUGCAACGAGGAACACGAAGCCCACAAGGUGUAUGUGGAAUGGCAAUGUAUCCUGCCUUUCCGGUCAAGUAUUGAUUUCCCAACUCUUUUUUCUUAGAACCGGAUAGCUAGCUAAGCUAGGGAUAGGAUUUUAUUUGUUUGAAAAUAACGCAGAAAGUACAUUUCAUCCUGCUUUGGCUUUGG